AUGCGAUCCCAGACCACGGCCCUCGCCCUCGCCGGCCUCCAUCUUGGAGCGGUCCUCGGCGCCGGCCCUGUCCGCCCCGUCAUCCGAGCAGACACCAACCGCGACGGCAUUCUUACCGAGGCCGACGACGUUGACAAGGGCCUCUGGAUGCCGGCCCGCGGCGCCAUCUUCCUCCCCAACGUCGGCGACGCCCAUGGCCGGUGUGCUAACACUGACCUCCGCGGCAAUCCGCUGAGCAACCACGAGCUGGCGGCGUGCCACGACGCGUCGGGCCACCUGCUCCUCGAGCCGUCCCUCGUCGCCCCGCUGGCGACUCUCCCCGUCAACGUGGCCGACGAUGCGUUCGCGUACGUCUACGCAACGCCGGACGCCGCGGCCGAUAGGGUCCGGUUGUUCGUCAACGACUACCAGGACCGCGCCGGCGAGACGGCCGCGUGGCGGUUCGUCAACCCGGAGUUCCGCUUCAGCUCGACGCAGCUGCGCGCAGGCAUCGCUCUAGGCAUCGACGGGCGGGAGUUCGUGACAGACGCCUCCGCCUGGGACGGCGUCGUCAGGGUGCGUUUCGACCUGUACGCCAACAACACCGUCUUUUCGGACGCCGUGGAGCUGAAGGUUGCGCCUGUCCUUACGCACCACCACCUGCAACGCGUCGACGAGCUCGUCACCGUCGCGGCCAACGAGUCGGACCCUGUGCAGCUCGCGUUCGUCGAGGGGCUGGACCGGGCGCGCCGGGACGCCGGCCUCGCCGCGCCGCUGUACCUGUUCAACCAGAGCAGCGACAUCUGGGCGCAGGACUUCUUCGAGCCGGCGUACGCGAGUAUGCCGGGCCCGGACGGCGGCGUUGUGGCGGUGCGGAUCAUGCUCCGAUCGGCGCAGUCGACGCGGACGGGCGGUCGGCAGGUGUUUGAGCAGCUCCGGGGCAAGGGCAUCGGCGGGUUCCAGCCGGCGGACGGGAGGAGGCGUGGGUUCGGGCACCGGGAGAUCAACUCGUUCGGCAACGUCGAGACGAUCCCGCCGUAUACGUCCAAGAGCGGGAUCAAGUACCCUGCCGGGCGCAUCAUCCAGGGCAAGCACUUUGGCGAGUCUCCGGCCGAGGCCAUGACGGCGUUCCUCGAGGGCCAGCAAGUGCAGACGCCGCUGAUGCUCGAGGCCGGCUGGCUCUUCAUCGGCCACGUGGACGAGUUUGUGCAGUUCUUGCCCUCGAACGAGACGGGGUUGGGCUUUACCAUCGCCAUUGCCGAUACUGUCUCCGCGUUGGAGGUGUUCCGGAACGUUUCCGAGGCUGGAAAAGGUAAGAAAUCUUUCUCAAGUCCAAGAGGAAGCGGCGUCCGCGCCAUCUCUUUUGACGGUAACGUCGGGGACGUCUUCACCCUUACCCCCGGCGAGCUUGAGACGACCGUCGACGAGGUCCUCACCAACGAGACGUUCCACGCCGUCAACGCCUACGCGCAGAAGCACAUCGAAGCGAACCUCGAGACGCUCCUCGCCGAGAUACCGCUGGCGCGCGAGCACAUCGUUCGCGUGCCCGUGCUGUUCAAGGACGCCAACUUCCCCUCUGGCCUCUUCGCCCGCUCCCCGGACGGCCUCCCGCCGCACACGGACACGGUCAUGCGGGACGAGCGGCUCCUGCUGGCGUUCAGCCCCGCCGCUAUCAACGGCAUCGUGAUCGGGGGCCACUACCUCAGCCCCAAGCCGUGGGGCCCCGUGGUGGACGGUGUGGAUCUGCUAGAGGGCGCCGUCAGGGCGGCGUACAACGCGGCGGGGAUGGUUGUGAGUUUCGUGGACGAUUUUCUCUCGCAUCACGUCGGCGGCGGGGAGAUUCACUGCGGGUCGAACACGCUGAGGGAGACGGAUGUGAAGUGGUGGGAGUGA